AUGAACGACUCGAUUUGUGCUCAGUUGGCUGCCCAAGAGUGCGGCGCAGCGGGUAGCUCCGCCCGCUUGCAAAGCAUUUUUAAGACCUUUGCCCAGAAACAGAUGAAAGCGGAUCGAUUCCGACGCCUCAAGAUGCCACUACAGGCUCCUCUAGGCUCGGCACUGGCUCUGGAUCAUGUGGAGUCGCGGUGGCUGCUGAGUGCUUUCAGUGACGGCCGCAGCGGACGUCUCGUGCUCUUCGACGUCCAGCCAGAUGCGGGAUGGACGAUUGAACGACACUCCACUCGCUCAAACGUUUACCCUCGGUCGGAUACAUCCGUACAGUGUACCGCCCUGUCAUCAGAGCAAAACGUGGAGCGCUUACCUAUCAUGGAAACUACGGUUGCAGGCGAACAACUCAGACAGCGUCAUGCCGUCGCGUCGGUGCAGGUCCGGGAGCCAUCUUUCUCGGACGGUGGCGGACGCGUGGCGCAGGCAGCAUAUCGCCAUCUGUGGACAGGACUGGCCUGGUACCCGCUCGAUAACGGACUUUUCGUGAGUGCCGAUGCACAAGGCCUUGUUUACGUUUUCGACGCGGCGACGUUUCGUUCAGUCUCGAGAUUCGCGUUCGGCCCACCGGUUCGCUCCAUAGACUGGAAUCGAGGCCUGCGACAGGUACCCGCUCAAGCGUCACAAACUGGGAGCGCGCUUCCUGGAUCGAACUUCCGCGGCAGUGCCGCGAGUCCGUACUUGCUUGCGGUUGCGUCUGCGGAACCCGAACAUCAGUUGCGACUGCUUGACUUGGUGAGCGGAGCUACAACGCAUUCAUUACUGGGUCACUCGGCUGCGAUCACAUCGGUGCGUUGGUUUCCAUUUCACGAGUACUGGCUGGUAAGCGGCUCCCUGGACAGUAGUAUUCGUCUCUGGGAUAUUCGCAAAGGUGGACGAGCCGCAUGUUUUGCGAUCCUCGAUGCUGACAAGCAGGUUCCUGUGACAUCCACUGAGGUUGGUGGCAGGCGCCAGUACGCCGCCUCGAAUGAGGCAGCGUCGGAGAGUGCGUACCUGCUUCCACGGCACGACGCAAGAGGCCAUUUCUUGCGCCAGUCACGCCCUGUGGACGCUGAUCAUUGCCUGGGGUAUCGAUGCUGGUCUGAUUCGUGCUUCGCUGGCAUUCCAGAGGGUAUUCCCGCAGCGCCCGAGCACGACGCUGUGAUCUAUGACGAAGCACAGUUUCUGUCGCUACCUCAGACGCCGCGGCAACGAGACCCCAGCGGCAAGAGGGCGCACCACUGGCACAAGCAAACGAGCAGGACACGCGUCUCAAGGCGUCCUCUGGCAUGGGCCAAGCGCGCCCAGUUGACCGGCCCCGAAUCGAGUCAUCGUGCCGAGGACUGGAUCUAUCUGGAACCGGCUGCACCGGCUCCGCAGCAGUCUGAUCAGUUGCCAACGCUUCGGUCUUGCCGAGCGCAUCCCGCGUCCGAGAGAGGCAUCUUGAGUGUGCGCUUCUCCGCCGAUGGUCGAUACCUCGUGUCCCGCUGCGAGCGCAUGCUUCUGGUCUGGGACGCGCUCACUGGUCAUCGUUAUCGCCGUGCGGCGCUUGAGCUCUCCGAGCACUUUGGUGUGGAGGCUCGUGCCGGGGAGCUUCAUGCUCCCUGGCGCAGUGCGCGGAGUAACAGGCGACGACCUGGCGAAACACUUGGACGCCGCAUGGCGAUCUACUGUUGGGACUUGCCGGACUUGCCUUUUUAUCUGGGUGACCAGCGCAUCGCAACUGGCGCUGGGACGGAUGCUUCCGGAUGCUGUUGGCUCGCUCGUGAUGCCACGGUGUAUGCGGUGCGGUGCUCGCCGGCACUGGCAACCAGCGACGGUCGCCAACCGCUGGUGAGGUUCGCUGGCCCUAUCCGCAGCUCGGUGUAUGCACUGGAAACCCAUCCGUCGCGCAUCGAAGUCUACACAACCGGUGCUGGUGGUCUCGUUCAGGUAUGGAGCGGCCUCACAUUGCCAGCCAGGUGUGUGUCUCGUUCAUUGGCGGAAUGCCCGCUGUCGUUGUCGCAGGAUCUGCCGAGUGCUGCCGCCUCCGAGCGUCUGCAACCGGAUGUAGAUACGUGGCUCACCGAAAUGGAGUUUCCCGCUGACUGA